AAAUUGAAAAAAAAAAAAAAAGAAGCCCAAAAGAAAUGUCCAAUUUGACAAAAAGCCCUCUUUUCUGUUAGUUCGUCAUCGUCUUCAAGCCCACAUCACUCUCUCUCUCUCUCUCUAGCAGAGUUCGCAUAGUUUCUCUCUUUCUCUCUCUCUCACCUCGAAAAACACCAACAACAAAAAACAACAUCAAAUAACAAAAUCACCCUUCGUUUUUCUUCAACUUCUAGAGAGAGAAACUAAACGUAACCCCAAUUACUACUCACGGAUUCUAUUUAUCAUCACCUAUACUUGUUCUGAUUCCAUGGCUUGCAUUUCUAGGGCUAAUUCCUUCUUCUUUCGUUCAUUAUAGACAAUAUUCCUCUUUUUUUGCAAAACCCUAGAAAACGAAUUCGAGUUGGGAGUUUUCUUCAAUUCUCCUCAAUUGUGCCCUAGUUUCCAAUUUCACCGAAUUUUUUUACGUUCAGAUUCUGUAUUAGAUGGGAAGUGAAGCUCUUAGAUAUUAAGGGCGGGAAUGCAUGGAUGUAACUCCGGAUCUGCUCAUGUUGUAAAUGCUGAGGUUGAUUCCAUGGGAGGUGUUGUGGACGGCGGAGUUGGUAUAGGUUUGAAAACCUCUCCGCGCCGAGUAGCAAUUGAGAAGGCUCAAGCAGAGCUCAGGCAGGAGUAUGACGUUCGUGAAGAAAGAAGAAGGGAGCUAGAAUUUCUUGAAAAAGGCGGGAACCCUCUGGACUUUAAGUUAGGGAAUGCUGCUUCUGUUAGUGUUCAGUCUACUUCACUCACUGAUCAACAUCAAGAACAGUUUGUGACCAGUGAAGCAAAAGGUAGUUUUGUAUUGACUGCCUCCCCUCAUGGCGAUUCUGUCGACAGCAGUGCUAGACCAGGCGCUCCUUCUAUCAGUGAGCCAAAUACUGCUGAUAACCUCUUACUUUUUGAUGGUGAGAAUGAGUUGCCCGAAGGAGAAAAGCGAUCUUUACAUUCAAAUAGAAGAAAUAAUAUUGCUCCUUCAGAACAGUCUUCUCAAAUUGGUGUGAGUCAAAAUACUAAAGAGACCGAAGAUUCUGCUAUUUUCCGCCCAUAUGCACGAAGGAACAGAUCGAGACCAAAUCACGGUCCUCGGGGGGGUUCAAGGGAUGGGAAGGGUUUGUUAUCCGAUACAAACAAACAAAAGGAUCAAAAUGUACCAUCCGUUUCUAAGCCAAAGCCUGUUAGUUUAAAUGGCGAGAUAUUUGUUAAAGACCCAGCAACAAGUGAUCCAUUGGAUAAUGAAAUAAUGGGUCUUCGAACUCAUCAAACAAAUAGUGUUAGUACUAGUCUUGCUGCAGACAAAUUAGAUAUUACGUUGAAUAGAAACUUCAAAGAAGAUCAACGUAUUGUACCUUCUCAGGAUGAUACUGUACAUAACCCACUUGUCUUGGCUUUUGGCAAAGCUAGUGCAGGUGGAGAAAGGAACCCAGGAGCUUCAGGUGAACUUGAGCUUUCACCUCGUGUAGCUGCUGCACAACCUGUAGAUGAAUCCUGUCCUGGUCAGACAAAUGGUUUUGGCAACAUAAAAGUGGACAGGAAAGGUGCACCAACCGAAGACCAAAAUAGCAGUGUUGCAGUAGGCCUGAAGAGUUUUGAUCCAGAGUCCUGUUGUGCGCAAACUAGUUUAGCUAGAGAUGUAAAUAAUGAUACUGAUAUGUGUACUAAUACAAAAAAUGCUGAUGCAAAUGGAACUGCUUUGGAACAAACUUUAUUUGAGAAGAAACUAAGUUCAACUGCUUCUGAAGCUGUAAAAGAAAGGAGUAAGACAAACAUUGGUGAAAAUGGUACUACUGCUAAGAAUGAACAUGCUGCUGGUUAUGUAAACCAUUCUGGUAGUGGUAGUAACAUAAAAAAUGAAGAAGACUUCCAUAUGAAUAGUUCUAGCAUGCAAAACAAGUUGAAGGAUUCUUCUAGUAUUAGAGGACACCAUAGCAAUGACAGUACUGUAUUGAAGGCUGAUAAAGGGGAAAGUGUUGUCAUGGUGGAUCAUUCCAAUUCCACAAAGGAUGACAACUGUGAAAGGCUUCAAGUUUCUAAGGAUUUGUCAAUUGCUACAAAUCCUCAAAGUACUCUGGCUGACAAGGUUACCACUGCUGCAUCUGACUGUCAACCAUGUUCUCCGCACCACUUGAAGUUAGCAGACAAGGCUCACGAGGAUUCUAUUUUAGAAGAGGCUCGUAUUAUAGAGGUCAAGCGGAAGAGGAUUAUGGAGUUAUCUGCUCACGCAUUACCCUCACCGAUCCUUCGAAAGUCUCAUUGGGAUUUUGUCCUAGAAGAAAUGGCAUGGUUGGCAAAUGAUUUUGCACAGGAGCGUCUUUGGAAGACAACUGCUGCUGCGCAACUCUGUCAUCAGGCAUCUUUUACUUCUCGGUUAAAAUUUGAAAAGCAAAACAAGAAUCUGGAGAUGAAAAUUUUGUGCCACUCCAUGGCAAAAGCUGUCAUGCAGUUUUGGCAUUCAGUUGAGUUACUACUUGACAAAGAUGUCCCUGAACAUAACUGUAUUGGCGGUGCAGUUGAAUCUGAGAAAGUUGAUUCGAAUGAAGUUUCUAGGGAUAAGCGGAAAAACUCUGAAAUGGAAUCAAGUAACUGCUUGGAGGGACAAAAUGCCAGGAAAAAAUUGGGACUCAAAGUGCAUUCCUAUGCUUUGCGGUAUAUAAUGGAUAGUAGGUCGCAUGGAAUUUCCUCUCAAGCAGAAGCACCAGCAACUCCGGAUAAGAUAUCUGAUUCCGGUACUGUUGACAUGUCAUGGGAGGAAAAUCUUACGGAAGAAAGUCUUUUCUAUACAGUUCCUCCCGCUGCCAUGGAAACAUACAGAAAAUCCAUUGAAUCUCAUUUUGUAUUGUGCGAGAAAACUGGUAGUAGCAUUCAUGAAGAAGUUGAAACAUCCAUAUAUGAUACUGCAGCAGAGUUUGGGUGUGAAGAGGUUGCAUACGAUGAAGAUGAAGGAGAAACCAGCACUUAUUAUUUGCCUGGUACCUAUGAGGGUAGAAGAUCAUCUAAGCCGGUACAGAAGAAACACAAACAUAGGAUGAAAUACACGCAUAGGUCCAAUGAAAUUGGAACUGAUAUGCCUUAUGCGCACUAUUCAACUGGAGCUCAUCCGUCCACACUAUAUGGAAACAGGCCUGCUAAUUUAAAUGUUGGUACAAUAACGAAACGCACACGUACAGCUUCUCGGCAAAGAGUUGUGAGUCCGUUUUCUGUGGUCGCUGGGACAGUACAGGCUCUUGCUAAGAUAGAUGCUACUUCAAGUGGAGAUACCAAUUCCUUUCAGGAUGACCAAAGUACUUUACAUGGUGGAUCACAGCUCCAGAAGGGUAUGGAGGUAGAGUCGGUUGGAGAUUUUGAAAAACAGUUACCUUAUGAUUGUGGUGAAACAUCGGUUAAACCAAAGAAAAAGAAGCCUAAGAAUAUGGGUUCUGCAUAUGAUCCGGGAUGGCAGUUGGAAUCUGUUGUUCCAAGUGAACAGCGGGAUCAUUCCAAGAAGAGAUCGGAUAGUCAUCACUUUGACUCCAAUGGAAAUAGUGGUUUGUACGGGCAACAUAUUGGGAAGAAGCCAAAGAUGACAAAGCAAUCGCUUGAAACUUUUGAAAAUAUUUCUCCAAUAAAUAAUUCUAUUCUCUCCCCAGCUGCUUCGCAAAUGAGUAACAUGUCCAAUCCAAAUAAAUUGAUUAGAAUCAUUACUGGACGAGAUAAGGGAAGGAAAGCCAAACUACUGAAGAAUUCUGCUGGAGGACAGCCUGGUUCUGGAACUCCUUGGACACUAUUUGAAGAUCAGGCUCUUGUUGUCCUGGUUCAUGAUAUGGGUCCUAACUGGGAGCUUGUAAGUGAUGCUGUCAACAGUACUUUACAAUUUAAGUGUAUCUUUCGGAAACCAAAAGAAUGCAAGGAGCGUCACAAGAUUUUAAUGGACAAAAGUGCUGGUGAUGGUGCUGAUAGUGCUGAAGAUUCAGGGUCUUCUCAAUCAUACCCAUCAACACUACCUGGAAUUCCAAAGGGUAGUGCCAGGCAGUUGUUUCAACGUCUACAAGGGCCAGUGGAGGAGGAUGCACUGAAGACCCAUUUUGAUAAAAUUAUCAAGAUUGGGCAGAAGCAACGUUACCACAGGAAUCAGAAUGAUAACCAGGAUUUAAAACAACUAGCACCUGUCCAUAAUUCUCAUGUGAUUGCUCUCUCCCAAGUUUGCCCAAACAACUUGAAUGGAGGACUUUUGACGCCACUUGAUCUUUGUGAUACAAAUGCAACAAGCCCAGAUGUGCUAUCCCUUGGGUAUCAAGGUUCUCAUGCUGCUGGUUUAGCAUUACCAAACCAUGGUUCUGUACCAUCAGUUCUUCCCUCAUCUGGGUUAAGCUCUUCCAACCCGCCACCUUCUGGUAUGAGUCUUGGCAACAACUUGUCAUCGCCAUCUGGUCCAAUGGCAGCCUCUGUCAGGGAUAGUAGAUAUGGAGUUCCUAGAGGUGUACCAUUAUCAGUUGAUGAACAGCAGAGAUUACAACAAUAUAAUCAGUUGAUAUCCGGCAGAAACAUGCAACAGUCUAGCAUGUCUGUUCCUGGAUCUCAUUCAGGAAGUGACCGUGGUGUUCGGAUGCUGUCUGGUGCAAAUGGUUUGGGCAUGAUGGGUGGGAUUAACAGAAGCAUUGCAAUGGCAAGGCCAGGGUUUCAAGGAAUGGCAUCAUCAUCUAUGCUUUCAUCUAGUAUGGUGGGGAUGCCAAGCCCUGCAAAUAUGCACUCUGGAGUUAGUGCCGGACAAGGAAACUCAAUGCUGAGACCUCGUGAUAAUGUACAUAUGAUGAGGCCGGGCCAUAAUCAAGGACAUCAAAGGAAAAUGAUGGUUCCAGAACAUUCAAUGCAGGUCACCCAAGGGAACAGCCAAGGCAUGCCCGCUUUUAGUGGGAUAAGUUCUGCUUUUAAUAGUCAGACAACUCCCCCAUCUGUUCAGCAAUACCCAGGACAUGCCCAGCAACCUCAUCAACUAUCUCAGCAACAGUCUCAUCUCAGCAAUUCCCAUCCACAUCUUCAAGGUCCAAAUCACGCUACAAAUUCACAACAAGCCUAUGCUAUCCGAUUGGCAAAGGAAAGGCAACUGCAGCAGCGUUAUCUUCAGCAGCAGCAGCAACAGCUUUCUGCGACAAAUGCUUUGAAUCCACAUGGUCAGGCACAGGCCCAACUUCCCAUAUCACCACCUCAGCAAAAUAGUUCCCAGGCCCAACCACAAAAUUCAUCUCAGCAAGUAUCUCAUUCCCCUGCAACACCAUCAUCUCCUUUGGGUCCAAUGUCAUCUCAGCACCAACAGCAGAAACAUCAUUUGCCACAACCUGGAUUCAGUAGAAACCCUGGUUCUAAUGUUACCAGUCAAGCAGUGAAGCAACGGCAACGACAGGCACAGCAGCGGCAGUAUCAACAACCUGCUAGGCAGCAUCCUAAUCAGCCACAGCAUGCACAGCCUCAACCACAGGCCAAAAUUUUGAAGGGAAUAGGACGAGGAAACAUGUUGCUCCAUCAGAACAAUCCUGUGGAUCCUUCUCACAUAAAUGGAUUAUCUGUAGCUCCAGGAAGCCAACCUAUUGAGAAAGGGGAUCAAGUCACGCAAAUGUUGCAAGGUCAAUCCUUAUAUGCUGGAUCUGGUUUAGAUCCUAAUCAACCACCCAAGCCAUUAGGUCCUGCUCAUCCUUCUAAUCAUUGCCAAUUGCAGCAGAAGCUACAUUCUGGAUCUACCAGUUCUUCAUCAAAGCAACAUCAGCCAUCAGUAUCUCCUUCUGACAGUAACAUACAAGUUCAGGUUUCACCGGUUGCUUCAGGUCAUAUAACUACAACACAGCCUGCUGUUGUUUCUCCCAACCAUCAUCAACUGCAAAUGCAAUCUCAGACGCCGUCUAAGCAAAUUAAUCAAACACAACUAAAUGUUCAGAAAACAUUGCAACAUAACUGUCAGGUGCAUUCUGAGUCGUUAAGCAUGUCUCAAACAGAUUCACUUAAAAUUGAUCAACAGCCUGGAAAUAGUGCUUCUCAAGUCAGUACAGGCACUUCAAUGUCUCAGGGAUCUAUGGAUUCAACUAGUGUGUUAGCAGUUGCUCCUGUGUCCUCUCAGAGGAAAACUUCAGAACCAUCAUUUGAUUCCCCCAAUCCCAAUCCAGUUACUCAAGUGAGCUCUUUGGAGAGCACAUCUGUUGGAAAUUCAGCUGCAACUGAGCCACCAACUGUUAACCCUGGGCUGGGCCCACGGAAGUUAUCGGCUAACUUGCCUUCUCAUGCACAUAAUUCUGGGGCACAGUGGCAGCAUCAUCAGUCUUUGCCUCUUAAACAACAGUCUUCGUUGCAACCAAAUCUGUCUCAACAGUCAUGCCAACAAACGGAACAUCAGCCGCAGCAACAGGAGGAGGAGCAACAUUUUCCCAAAGAUGUGGCUUUGCAACAUCAAGUACAAAAUCUACAACCAGCACAGAGCAGUUUGCUUAUACGUCCACCUAACUCUACAGUAGAAUAAUGAUUUCUGAUGGAUGGAGCAGCUUUGAGUUUGCUCGGUUCUGUCAGAACUAGAAAUCUUUAGGCCCUUUUGUCAGCACUGUACAGAUGAAGCUGGUCAUUCAUGUGGGCUUUUGAAUAUGGAGAUGGAUAUCCAUUGUUUACUGCAGGUCCUGUUAAAUGAUUAACAAAAUUUAUAUUGGUAGGCAUCAUCACAUGCUUUAUUCUUGUUUCGAAUGUCUUGUAUAUUACCACUGUUCUUAGAGGGUUUUUCCCAUUUUCUUUUUUUGAAAGAGACGAAGAUAGAGGUAUGUGUACAGGGUCGUCUCUUCUUGUACUUUCCCCCUCUUUUAUUUUCCUUGUUCUCCCUGCCAUCAUGCAGAGGAACAUUUUUUUGUUCUGUUAGUUUAGAUUAUGUAUUAUUAUACCCUGUUAGAUGAUUGGGUAGCAAUCAUUUUUAUGAGCAAAAGCCAAUUCAAAGUUUUGUGAAUACAAUAUUUCUGAUAUAUGCACUAAUGGAUAGUGUUUACUUAUUCAA